AUGCUCUCUGAUAUUACUCUCUCCGAUAAGCCGUCGACGCAACCCUUUUCUCAGACAGGACGUCCGCCGGAUACCGGACAACAGCAGUUAAGCAACGUCCCGUCCCCGCUUGCCAACCCAGCCGAUUUCCCUGCCCUCAACUACAGAGCAGCGCUGGCCGGCCAAUCACAAGAUACCAGAUCAAGGGCGAAUCAGUGGACCUACGUAGGAGAACACGAUCUGGAAACGGGAUCCUUCGUUGGGGAACCAGAACUGAAGAUUUCUGAAGCCUUCAAAGAGAGACUAUGCGUGCCAUGGAAAAAGACCCUAGUAGUAAGGUUGCUGGGCAGUAAUGAUCAGGACUAUCUUAAUGCUCUGACCGGCGGCCCCUGGGAAAUUCUGGAUCACUAUUUGGUCGUUCAUCAAUGGUCCCCGACCUUCAGAACCUCCGAUAAACCACACAGGUCAGUUGUAGCAUGGGUUCAGCUACCUGAAUUACCAGCACACUUUUACCAUAGAGAGGUUCUUUUCGCUUUGGGAAAUCUCCUGGGACGGACGGUCAAACUUGAUUAUCACACGGAGAAUCUUUUGCGGGGAAAGUUUGCAAGAAUUGCAGUCGAUCUUGAUAUGACGAAACCUCUGGCGACUCGAAUCCGUUUGGAUGGUCAUUGGCAACAAGUGGUCUAUGAAAAUCUCCCCCACAUCUGCUACGAUUGUGGUCGAAUCGGGCAUACAGAAGAGGUGUGUCCCAAGAAAUUAACGACCAUUGUUCCGGCAUCUACCGGUGAAGCACAAGCAGACAUGGCAAUAUCGCCGGCGGCACCAGCGUCGGAACCCCUCGCCGGCUAUGGGCCAUGGAUGCAGGUUGUGCGGAAAAAUAGGAAAACCAACAAAAAAGGCAACUCAAAUCGGGAAAAUUUGGAAAGAAAUCAGAGCAACAAUCCUGCUAAAAGCGGCAAUCAAGGGCGUUCUUCGCCUGGUAAGAAUCCAUCACAAAGGGUGGAGAGCAAGCCCCGCCCCAACGGUCAGGAAAGAAAAGGUAAAUCGACAGUAGUGCAGGAUCAAAAAAAGGGAACCAAAGGAUUGCAGAAAGGGAAAGUGAAAGAAAUUGGGGAGGCCUCAACUUCGGAAGGGCGAAAGGAUUCAAAUAGCCAAGAAUGGCGCGUUGUUGGGCCUCUUAAAGAUCCACCAGUAGCUACGGCCCAAAUUAAGAGUAAGAUGGCGGAUAAGGAUAUGUCAAUGGGCCAAACUCAAGCUAGCCCGAAAAUAGAUCCGAAGCCGGAUGCUGGUAAACAACUUCCUUUGCUACCCACUCCGACCCGAUCGGAGAUUGACAACAGCGAGAACGUCGACCCUAACUCGGGUGCCGUCUCUGUCCGACAGCACUACCGAAAGAAGACCAAACCACAUUCCCCUCUGAAAGAGCACUUCUCUAAAUUAUCCAUCCAAAGCACGAUGAAGAAUACCCAGGGCACCAGAAACAACAAGAGAACCUCCGCCAAGAGUGGGAAAGCGGCCACUUUUGGGAUUACUCCCCAAUCCAUUGAAGACUUCAUCACCCAGACACGGCAGAAGGAGGAGGAAUUCCAAAAGCUCGCCAUGGGAGCUAGUAGCGACGUCUCGAUGAGGGAAGAAAUUGAUCAGAGCAUCCUCGGGACGGAGAGGUUUGACAAAUUUGAAAUUGUUGAUGCUGUGGGCUUCUCAAGGGGAAUUUGGGUUCUUUGGGAUGAAGCCAAGUUCUCCAUUUCUCUUAUGGAUAGCGACACCCAAUUCUUACACUUGCGUUGUUUUGAUAUGCAGGAUAAGGAGGAGGUGAUCCUAAUUGCGGUUUAUGCUAAACCAAAUGAAUAUGAGAGAGCACCUUUGUGGAGUUCUUUGCGCUGCCUGGCAGCAGGGGAGACAAGACCUUGGAUCCUAGUUGGAGACUUCAACUCCAUUCGCUGUCCUUCGGAGAGACGAGGAGCCCAUGCUUUACAUGGACUAAUGGCCGCCUCUCUCAAAGACUGGAUCGCGGUUUAUGCAAUCAGGAAUGGCUGGUGA